AUGUAUGCGGAAGAGCCUCUUCGUGUGCCUGAUGAAGCCUUGCAGUAUGCCUACGAGAACGAUCUAAUAAGGGACCACACCCUCGAGUCAUUCUCCAUCACCCAUCUGCUUAGCAGGCUUGUCCAAAGCACACUGCCCUCGAUCACUGAGGACGGAUUCACCGACUGCAGUCACCUCCCAGAUCUGGAGCUCCCAGUACCACAGCUUCGAAGCGAGGUGUUAACCAUUGCCCACUCGGCUCUCAAGCUCAUCUAUGAUGUCCGCCGCGAGCUCACGGAUGACGAAGUCAAGAGGCUCACACACGAUGUCAUCGACUCUGGUAAUCUCAAGAAUUUGAGAAUUGAGUUACCAAUCCUUCGAACAGACAAUUGGCGGGACAUGAGAGAGUUCCGGAAGCAAAUGGAAUCCCGACGAGACGUCCGCAUUGAAGACCAUCAGCUGCCUUUGGACCCUGUGACUGUGGAAGACGGUGAGGGGAUGGAGCUAUCAGGAAGCGCCCGUUUGGAUGUGGAAAAAAUGCUGAAAAAGCUUGAAGGAGAGAAGCUUGGAGUGACGAGGAGUUCCCUGCAAUUACUCGCCGACGCGGUCAAGGACGUCUACACCGAGGAGGAUCAGUGGAACUUUCUCAUUGAAGAGGCCAGGAAAAUCAAGUGGGUGAAGAAUCCAGCAUUGGAAAAGCUCGAGAUGCCGAUUAGCCCGAAAUUCAGACCAGACCAUCUCAUUUCUUCAGAUGAUGCUUACUUGAUUCCAAUACCUUCUGAUCCUAGCUCGUCGAUAUUCGCCGAUGAUCUCAGAGUCGCUGAAGAACGACUAUUCAAAGAGCACGGGGACGUAUGGAGCGAGCCUACGUCUCCGAUCAUGGAUAGAUUCCUGGAUACAGAGCUGUCCAAAGAAGAGGAGACUGAACUUUUAGCAGGCUCUUUCCAACAACAUCCUACCAAGAGGCUUAUCAAUGGCCACAGGAUUGACCUGGGGCUGCUACCUGGUGUGUCCCCUAUGAAACCGUCUUUGGCCGGACCAGAGGCGUUCGGAACCUUCGUGGCUGAGGAAUUCAAUAUCGAAGAUUUGACAAACGAAUUUGUUGAGAAUUUCUCGGGUGACAACUUGGAAGACGAGUUGGCGAAUGUAGCAGAAUCGGCAAUGAAGACUAUCGAACAGGAGCAGCUUCAGGCAACUGAUGCAAUAGCUCGCGUCCCAGUACCUAUCAUGGACUUUUCCAUUGCCGACCCAGAUUGGGCGCGAUUAGGCAACAACGCGACCGCCAUUUUCAAAUGGAUUCAGUGCGGCAACGACAGACUCUUCAGAUUCCCAAAGUGGCCCCGAGACGGCGUCACCGAGAUCAAGCUGAUAUGGAGACCGAUCGGCUCAGGUGCAGGCACUGCUUCAACUAAAGAGGUAAUACAGGCGACCGAUACACUAAUAGAAAAGUUCAUUGGGCCACUUGAAGGUGACGAGAUUCCCAAUAGCUUGAGUUUUGUCCAGAAACGAGAAAAACUGGCGAUACUUGAGCUCAACGCCGAAGACGAUGAGAUCGAGAGCCGACUAGUGAGGCCGUCGCUAUUCAUGACCAACUCCCAUAAAGUGGGGAGAAAAAGAGCAAUCGAUUCCGUGGACGACGCAAUUGCAAAAAAGUCGCGCCCGUCUGCGGACGACGUUGCGGGCAACAGUGAAUCUUUGCUUCUGGGAGGCUCUCCCGGGGCGUCUGCGAAACUUUUGACCAACUUCAUGGAGCUCCACGCACCGAAAAAGAAAUGCAAACACAAUACUUCAGUCUGGAGCCCCGGCUCUGUUUCCCGCACCGAAGUAGUUCCACCGCUUGCCUAUGACGCGGACAUCACUCUGGCACCAUCGACUGGGGUCAUUAUUACAUCUAUGAUUAUGGUUCGCCAGAAGCCACGUCCACAAUUUGCAAAAAAUGGUCUUCAAGAGAAGAUCGAAAAGGUUUCUCUGCGAUACGACCGGCUGAUCAUCCUAGUGGGAGGGGAGGGUGGCCCAGAAGAUACUCUCCGGGAGAUGGCUGCUUCAGACACAAUAGCACUCGCCGAGUUCCAGGGAUUUUCCAGUGGGCUCGAUUGCAACGUUCUAGUCUAUUACAUUGGCGGCGGUGACAACACGCUAUCGAAAUGGGUUGCCUCCCUUGUGUGCCGGUAUGGCCAGACCGACCCAAAUGUACAAACUUGUCUGAUCGAAGUCGAGACCCUAUGGGAGCUGUGGCUCCGAAGGGCCGGCUUCAAUGUCUACGCAGCCCAGAUGGUGGCUGGUCAGUUGAAAGUGCCCAAGACGGAGGCAGGUAUGACACAAGGACACCUCGGACUGGCGGCGUUCACCACGAUGACUCGGAAGGAGAGGAUGCGCCGAUUUGGACCCAUGGUUGGGCCACGGGUCCUGGAGCGGGUUAGCCAGACUGUGGAUGAAAUUUGGGACAAAGAUUGA